UGCGUUCUCCAAGAGCGUUUCACCCCCCGGUCCGUGCACUCGACGCGCUUACACCCUAUAUAUUUCGAGGAAACACGAGAUGAACCGGUACACGGCACGCGAUUUUUGCAGCGGAAACACUCGCGAACUCGCAUUGCAACUUCGACUACCACCGACAGUACCACGUUCGUACCUCCGAUAGAAGCCGCCGCGGUGCCAAAUCGACAAUGACGCGUCAUUGUUUCUUCGUUCUCUCGAUCCUGGCUCUCUCGAUCGCUGGUUGCGUAUUGGCCGCCCAGGCUGAAACGAGCUCCCUGCGAAGAGAGUUUUACGGGCCGAGCAAACCGGAACUCCUCGCUGAAUAUCUGGAAGGUCACGGUUCGCCGCAGGAGAAUGCGGUGCAAGACGAACGAUAUCGUUCAGCUCGACCGAGCAACGUCGAACGCCGGUUGUUUAGCAGGGGAUCGAUCGUUCCAGGAAAAGGCCGGUGGUACGUCCGCGAAGGAGAGGACGAAGACGAUCGAUUCUCGCGAAACCUCGAUCAGAUCGGUGGCGGCAACCUGUUGCGCAGAGGACUGGUGGUCGAGCGCGAGGGCUCGUACGACAGCUCCCGUCGCUGGUUGCCAUCGCGGAGAAAUCUCGAUCAAAUAGGAGGCGGAAAUUUGCUUCGAGAGGCGGACUAUCGAAGCGAACGCAACUUGGACAGCAUCGGCGGAGGGAAUCUCGUUCGCGGGCUGGGCGGCGCGGCCGAUCAUCUUCGUAGGAAUUUGGAUCAGAUCGGUGGAGGAAAUUUGGUGCGCAAUUUGCCCGACGAUGCGUCUCGAGAGCCAGCCGAGACCCGAUCUGCGAGGAAACAACGCGACGACCAGGACGACCCAGCGGAUGACCGUCCGCGACGCGUUCGUCCGUUGGCGCGGGACACGCAGGCUCGUUUCUCCUCCGGAUCGACGAGGUAUCUCGCCGACGACUACGCGGACGAGUCGUCGGCUGCCAGCAAAUCGAUCGCGCUCUCUCCGAUCGAUAGACAACUGCUCGAGCGGUUCGUCAAGCGAAACAUCGACGAGAUCGACCGCACGGCCUUCGACAAUUUCUUCAAGCGAAACCUCGACGAGAUAGAUCGCGUCGGCUGGAGCGGAUUCGUCAAGAGAUUCGCAGACGACGCGGUCACCGGCGGCGGCAGAAUCAACGUCCUGGCACAGCGCGGCUGAAACAAAUUCCACGCGUUGGAAAACAUCGAACCAUCGCUUCCCAUUCCCGCCACGAUACUCCACCACCUUCUUCUCUUUCUUUUCCUCCGUCUCGCUUCUCGCCAUCGAGCAACCCUAUCGAAACGAUCGUCUCGUCCGAGAGAGAAAAUUUAUUUGGUCUGCCGCGACUCGCCGAGAAGACGAACCUCCGGCAUGGUACGGACUCGAUUACGACCGUCGAUCGAUUUUCGCGCCACGACCGCCCCCGUCUCUCGAUGUCCGCAAGCCGAGAAUUUCGACAGAGGAUUCCGCGUGGCACCGUCGCCGACUCGUUCCGCCUCUUCGACCCCGUCCUUUUCUCCCGCAUCUCGUCGAUCCUCCGCGCUCUUCCUCUCGGCAGCUGCAACUACCCUCUCGAUCUCCGUCGUUACGUCGACGGGCGUCUCCACCUUUGCGUUCUCUCGAUUACGAUCCAUACGUACCAGCUGUGUCCGACAGUCGAAACGUCGCGCGAUUAGUUUCCGUUUCGCGUUGCUCCGAACGUUUCGGGGCCGACGGCGAGCGAAAAACGACGACCAUACCUCGAUCACGUUCUCCUCGAGACCCGUGAACCGUCGUAACACCGCUGCCAGGUUGGCGCUCUGCGUCGUUAUCCGACCGGUAACUCGUAGUUCCUUGCCGACGUCCUGCUCGAUCUGCGAUCGCGCGUUCCAUUCGAUUUUUCUUUAUCUUCGCUCGACUCGUCUUCGUCGUACGGUACAGCUCCGUUUAUCCGAACUUUUCGCCGUACGAUUUACGUAAUCAAAGUUCGUAUAACAGCAGGUCAACGAUGUUUCUCGUUUUCUAUUACUUUUCGCGAUUUUAACACUUUACCGACCGCUGGCGUCUCAGCUAGCAUCUCAGGCGCAGAUUCCCCCUGGCGUCAGCUUUGUUUCGGUUUAGACUCUCCAAUAUCAUUCCUUUUGUUCAUCGCGAACGGUACGUUUUUCAAAUUGGUAUAAAACUGUGGCAGAUUACAAAGCAACGCGACUGACGCAACUGAGCGAGGUACCUUGGUACUAAAUAACAAAUUACUGCUCAAAUAACGAGAAAGAUUGUCGGCGACAAAAAGUCGAUUAAUUGGGUUAUCAGUCGGUAACCAUCGGUGACAAAAUACCGAUUAAUCGGCCCUCGGUCGGUAAAGUGUUAAUCCGGACACAGAGAAAUUACUCAUCCUACUCGGCUGUUAAUUGCUUUACAUCGUUUAACGUUAUUGUAUCUAUACGAGGAUUCUCAGACGAAUAAAUAAAUAAAGGAAAAAAAUUUCGCACCGAUAAAUGGAAUUCGGAUAAACUGAGUUCUACCUUGGCGAUAGAGUUAAAUUGGAAAAGAUAGCGAUACGCACCUCGUUCAUUCCCAUGGCCACUCGUUCGCUGAUGUAGCGAAGGUUGUCGCGCGCCCGUCGAACCUGUCAACACGCGAGAAUGCUAGCGGAAGAUUGGUACGCGUGAUCGAUCGUUCAUCGACUAUAAUACGUUACUAUCGUGGUGAAUUCUCUCAUCUCCGUCAUGAUUUUGCGCCGCAGUCUCGUAGCCGCUAGAAACUAUACGAUCGCUGUUACGCGUCUUCUUUCGGCUUCUGUGGCCGAUGCUACGAGAUAAUUUGUUUUGUGGUAGCUUACGCGCUGAAGAACGUAGAACAGAAUCGCCAUGUUGGCAAACAUUGGAAUCGAGCUGCCGAGCACGUGUUGAACGAGCCGCAUCGUCGCGCAACGAUCAGACGUGAAACGCCGCGAAAAUUUUCCUUUCCCGUGGCAUCGUCGUCCACGCGGUACUUUCCUAUCGAAUUUAUAUCUCGACGAAACAAAACACGACUUGACGCUUAGCCGCUGCCAACUUCGUUCUCAGCCAUCUUGUCUUUCCAUUCCAAUACGAUUUCCUUCUCUGUUCCGAUCUUUGGUGCUGGCAUUUGGAACACGUGGAAUGGCUUGGAAUCUGCAUACGUGAAGCUUCAAGCAUCGAGCAGCGUUGGAAGUGAUACAAAUUCGUCGCCAUAUACUAUACGACAGCGAUUCCACGCGAUUCGAAGUGUUUCGGUUCGCGUUACUAUCGAUUCUUCGUUUAGAAUAUCGGAAGAUCGUAGUUACGUCUAUGCCGCUUUCGUUUUUUCGGUUUUACAAAAUCUUAUCAGAACGUUCGACGCGAGAUGUUCGAUGGGUGUAUACUCGUUCGAGCGAUAAUUUAAUCCUAUCUCUUAUCCUAUCUCUUCGUCCGCUGGUCGUGUAUAAUUUCUUUGCUUUUUUUUUUUUUUUUUUUUGCUUCUUGACUCUGCUCCCUCUAAACGCAUUUUUCUAUCAUAUUUUUCCUUCCGAGUUGCUCACGCAGUCCCUUGCUUCUGAUAUUGUCAACAUUGUGUACUUAUCGAAGAACCGAUAAAAUAAACAAUCGAUAACAGG